GGGAGGGCCGGGGCGGUACGAAGCGGGGGAGGGCUGUGCGCGUAAUGGCAGCGCCGUGGCCUCGCGUCCAUCUUUACCGUUCUCUCGGACCUGUCACAAAGGAGUCGCGCCGCCGCCCCCUCGCUCCGGUGGGCCCGGGAGCUAGAGAAAGUCGGUGCUGCAGCCCGACCGCGCUGCUCUGAGAAGCCCCCUGGGCACGCGGAGCGGGAGGGAGUGUGAGGGUUGGAGGCGACUGUGAGGGAGGGAAACAGCCUCUCGAGCCUGGGGCGGGCGGACCGGACUGGAGCCGGGGCAGGCUCUGGGAAAGGGCCCGGGAGAGAGGUGGCGUUGCUCAGAAGCCGAGAAACAGCCGAGAGGUUUUCCACCGAGGCCCGCGCUUGAGGAAUCCGAAGAGGUUCCUAGAAGAGGGUGUUCCCUCUUUCGGGGGUCCUCACCAGAAGAGGUUCUUGGGGGUCGCCCUUCUGAGGAGGCUGAGGCUAACAGGGCCCAGAACUGCUAUUGGAUGACCAGAAUUCCCUGUAGUUGAUAAUGUUGGGAAUAAGCUCUGCAACUUUCUUUGGCCUUCAGUUGUUAAAAACAAAUAGGAUGCAAAUUCCUCAACUCCAGAUUAUGAAAACAGUACUUGGAAAACUGAAAACUACCUAAAUGAUCGUCUUUGGUUGGGCCGUGUUCUUAGCGAGCAGAAGCCUUGGCCAGGGUCUGCUGUUGACUCUCGAAGAGCACAUAGCCCACUUCCUAGGAACUAGAGGUGCCACUACUACCAUGGGUAAUUCCUGUAUCUGCCGAGAUGACAGUGGGACAGAUGACAGUGUCGACACCCAGCAGCAACAGGCCGAGAACAGUGCAGUACCCACUGCUGACACAAGGAGCCAACCACGGGACCCUGUUCGGCCUCCGAGGAGGGGCCGAGGACCACAUGAGCCAAGGAGAAAGAAACAAAAUGUGGAUGGGCUAGUGUUGGACACACUGGCGGUAAUACGGACUCUUGUAGAUAAUGAUCAGGAACCUCCCUAUUCAAUGAUAACAUUACAUGAAAUGGCAGAAACAGAUGAAGGAUGGUUGGAUGUUGUCCAGUCUUUAAUUAGAGUUAUUCCACUGGAAGAUCCACUGGGACCAGCUGUUAUAACAUUGUUAUUAGAUGAAUGUCCAUUGCCCACUAAAGAUGCACUCCAGAAAUUGACUGAAAUUCUCAAUUUAAAUGGAGAAGUAGCUUGCCAGGACUCAGGCCAUCCUGCCAAACACAGGAACACAUCUGCAGUCCUAGGCUGCUUGGCUGAGAAACUAGCAGGUCCUGCAAGUAUAGGUUUACUGAGCCCAGGAAUACUGGAAUAUUUGCUACAGUGUCUGAAGUUACAGUCCCACCCCACAGUCAUGCUUUUUGCACUUAUCGCACUGGAAAAGUUUGCACAGACAAGUGAAAAUAAAUUGACUAUUUCUGAAUCCAGUAUUAGUGACCGGCUUGUCACAUUGGAGUCCUGGGCUAAUGAUCCUGAUUAUCUGAAACGUCAAGUUGGUUUCUGUGCCCAGUGGAGCUUAGACAAUCUCUUUUUAAAAGAAGGUAGACAGCUGACCUAUGAGAAAGUGAACUUGAGUAGCAUUAGGGCCAUGCUGAAUAGCAAUGAUGUCAGCGAAUACCUGAAGAUCUCACCUCAUGGCUUAGAGGCUCGCUGUGAUGCCUCCUCUUUUGAAAGUGUGCGUUGCACCUUUUGUGUGGAUGCUGGGGUAUGGUACUAUGAAGUAACAGUGGUCACUUCUGGUGUCAUGCAAAUUGGCUGGGCCACUCGAGACAGCAAAUUCCUCAAUCAUGAAGGCUAUGGCAUUGGGGAUGAUGAAUACUCUUGUGCGUAUGAUGGCUGCCGGCAGCUGAUUUGGUACAAUGCCAGAAGUAAGCCUCACAUACACCCAUGCUGGAAAGAAGGAGAUACAGUAGGAUUUCUGUUAGACUUGAAUGAAAAGCAAAUGAUCUUCUUUUUAAAUGGCAACCAGCUGCCUCCUGAAAAGCAAGUCUUUUCAUCUACUAUAUCUGGAUUUUUUGCUGCAGCUAGUUUCAUGUCAUAUCAACAAUGUGAGUUCAAUUUUGGAGCAAAACCAUUCAAAUACCCACCAUCUAUGAAAUUUAGCACUUUUAAUGACUACGCCUUCCUAACAGCUGAAGAAAAAAUCAUUUUGCCAAGGCACAGACGUCUUGCUCUGUUGAAGCAAGUCAGUAUCCGAGAAAACUGCUGUUCCCUUUGUUGUGAUGAGGUAGCAGAUACACAAUUGAAGCCAUGUGGACACAGUGACCUGUGCAUGGAUUGUGCCUUGCAGCUGGAGACCUGCCCAUUGUGUCGUAAAGAAAUAGUAUCUAGAAUCAGACAGAUUUCUCAUAUUUCAUGACACAUGUGAAGAGGCAUCGUGGACUUUUUUCUACUCAAUUCCAGCCAAUGUUGAAAAGAAAAAGAAAAAAAACUCUCUAAUCAGUUGUACACAUACUGAAACUUAUAGCCAUGGCCAGAUUUUAUGCUAAAAAUGGUAGUUUGUCAAAGACAAAAUUCUCUUAGAAUCUAAUCCAACUUGCCAGCCCUGAAAAAAUCCCUUUAAGGCCACGGAAAGCUGAAUGCUAGCAGCCAGGCCUGUGGUACUUCCAUGAAAAACUAUAGGAGACAAUGCCCUCCCAAGUACUGAAAUCACACUGGAAUCCUCCAUGUUGGGUUCAUUUGAUUGUUUAACACAGGACGUGUUGUGUCAUUCUGAAGUUUUUAUUUGGGGCAGAAGUCUUUAUGGAGAUGUAAAUGACAGCAUUUCUGGGUUAUGCAUAACUUCUCACUGGUUGGAGAGACACCGGUGCGUUAAGCAUGGAUAUUGCAUUGCAAGACUUGAAUCUAUAAACAUUAGAAUCACACAGUCAGUACUACAAGCAAAACAGAGAACCUGAAAGAAGGUGCACAGACUGUAAGAAAAAACCCAAGUUUGUGAUAUUUCAGUGAUUCCAAAGAACAUUCUAGGUUUUUUGUUGUUUUUUUGUUUUUUUGGGUGUUUUUUUUUUUUACUGCAGAAAAUUGGUGGUAUUUUCAUAUUCAUAGUGUUCCUAUCCAAUUUCAGUACCCACAUUUUAUGAGGAAAAAAUGUUUUACCAAUGCAGGAGGAAUUCUUAAAUUAGCUGUAAUGUUAGGUUGGAGAAAAUUUGGUAUUUAGGGUAUUUUUAAGGUACCAUCAAAUCAGAUUUCUGUUUUUUUGUUAAAAAAAAUUUUUUAAUCAGUAUUGUUUUUACAAGUAAUAUACUUUGAAACUCUUGAACUAAUAGUCUCACAAACUCUAGAGGACAGUCUGAGAACACGUAUUUCUAUUGUUCUAAAUAAAUACAUGUUUUCGAAUAGUAAGUUCAAUCAUGAAUUAUUGACUAUGUCUUCAUCAAAAGUGUUAAUCCCUCUCAGGGUCUCUGGUGAAGACCUUCAAGAGUUUGGUUUUUUCUCCCAGGAAAUUGGAAGGUAGAAUUGUAAAUUCAUAGAACUUCUUUUAUAAUGGUGUACCUCUGCAGCUGCCUUUCAAUUUAUGCCAAGUCCUUACAGAGUUUAUACUUGAAUAGUAAAUAUGUCUUCUGAGUUUUACAGUGUCUUAAACUCAAUGCACAUUUUUUUUCUUCUUUUUCCACCCCUUCUUGUUUAUAGUUCAUUAUACCUGUCCUAUUACAGAGCUGAUUUCCUUCCUGGCUGUACAUGUUGGGGUGCUGGAUUUUUUCCCAUGUCUUUAGUCUUCCAUAAAUCCAAACAAAUAUAUAUAUAUAUAUAUAAAAAUAUAUAUGUAGAUACAUGUUCUCUUCUUUAGCUUGUGGUGAAUACAGUAAUUUGCAUUGAAGAAUAAAACAUCUGUUGCCUUUUUUGACUAAGA